AUGGCAGAAGGGGCCACCCUGUUCUCAGUGGGUUGGGAAGUGUCGGGGAAGGUUCUAGGGGUGUUUUCCUGCAAGGACACUCAGGUUGAAGGGAGACAGCUGGGAGUGGCAGGCUGGGUGCAGAGUGCUGACCGGGGCACAGUGCCAGGACAACUACCAGGUCCCUUCUCCGAGGUGCGCCCUAUGUGGGAACAACUUGAGACCAGACGAAGUCCCAAAUCACACAUCUACAGAAAAGAAAAAAAACAAUCCAUCAACAACGAGAAAAUCAUCUUUAAGCUGGAUUGCUCAGCUUUCCAAAUUGUUCAACAAUGGCCAUGA